CGCUGUGCAGUGACAGUUGAGAUAAAUCUAUGGUUCGGAGACGGGAGAUUUUAUAGUAAGCGCUUCGUCGUGGCAGUGUGUGUGUUUGUUGUAUGAAGGAAUACUGGGUGGAUUCCGUGCGAGGGCAAGAAAGCAUGAACUGAGAGAAAUAACCAUGGGUCAUCAUUCAAGUCAUUCUCUGUUUAACGGACAUAUCAUCUCCAUCCAUCUUAUUCUGCUGAUCUGGAUCUGUACCGUUGAGAAGUCAUCGAGCGCUGAGAUCAAAUACUCCUACAACAUCUCCGAGGAACGGCCUCCCCGCACGUACGUGGGCAACAUCCUCAACGACACGAACCUGCGGACGAUGGUGAGCGAGGACGACCACGUGAACCUGAGGUACAGCUUCCUCACCCAGGACGACCCUCACAUCUCCCUCUUCAGCCUGGACGAACUGAGCGGAGACCUCAGGACCUCGUCUGACCCCAACAAGUCCAUGGACCGAGAGUCUCUGUGUCCCUUCACCGCACAGUGUGUGAUCGUCAUAGAGGUGGCCAUCAAGUCGACCAUUGACCAGUUCUUCAGGACGGUGGAGUUGGAGAUAGUCCUGCAGGACGUUAACGACAACAGACCGACGUUUCCCAAGAACGAAACUGUCGUCGAGAUAUCCGAGUCGGUUUCCGUGAACACUCCUUUCCCCAUCGUGGGCGCCCAGGACAGGGAUGCCGGGGUUAACAAGCUGCAGAAAUACACCCUGGUACCCGACGUGGACGCUUUUCAGAUCGAGUACACUACCAAGGUGGACGGAACCUCUGAAGUGAAUCUGUUGGUGAAACAAGAACUGGACUACGAAAUUUAUACUUCUUAUGAUCUUCAGCUAAUCGCUGAAGAUGGUGGAAAUCCACCUCUGACUGGUGUACUUCAGAUUCAUAUUAAAGUCGUGGAUGUGAAUGAUAACAAACCGAAAUUCGCUCCUGCUUACUACAACACGACUGUUAACGAGAACGUCAAGGCAGGCACGACCAUCAUCUCCGUUACGGCCACCGACGCCGAUAGCGGACAAAACGGGGACAUUGUCUUUCGGCUCAGUCCUCACCAGUCACGAAAAAACCUGCAGUUGUUUUCCAUUAAUAGUACGACGGGGGCUCUCUCCGUUAUAGGGGACCUGCAGAACGAGGAAGAAGAGAAGUAUGACAUCAUUGUAGAAGCCAGUGACAGAGGAGUUAAACAAUUCACAACGCAGACUGUUGUCACGGUCAAGGUUCUGGACACGGUGAAUAAUCCACCGAGGAUCAGAGUUAAUUUAUUAUCCAGCCGAAACUUCUCCCUCGUGUCUGAGUAUGCCAACCUCGGCACGGUGGUAGCCCACAUAGCGGUUCACGAUACGGACAGGGGUCGAAAUGGCAUCGCGCACUGUCAGCUGUUGAUGCACAAGUAUUUUGAACUGCAGGGUUUUGAUGUUAAUGAGUACAAGGUCAUCGUGGCUAGACUCCUGGACCGUGAGCUCGCCCCUGAGCAUUCUGUGACUAUAAUAUGUCAGGAUGCGGCCAAGCCGCCACAAAGUGCUAACGCCAGUUUUAAAGUGCGAGUGACCGACGAAAACGACAACGCGCCAUUUUUUUCCCAGUCGUACUACACAACGUCUGUCUUUGAAAACAACAACGUAGGCGACAUUCUGUUUACUGUCACAGCCUCCGACCCAGAUGAGGGAAUCAAUAAAAAUAUAACAUAUUCUUUAGUAUUGGACACUGGAAAUAAAUUCACCAUCCUGCCUAAAGAUGGGACGAUUAUUGCAAAUCAUGUUUUAGAUUUUGAAACUCAGAAAUUGUGGAAUUUGACUGUGAUGGCAAUGGAUGGUGGGAAUCCACCAAGGUCGACAACUGCCUGGGUUGUGAUUAACGUGAAGGACAGGAAUGACCAGAGUCCUCAGUUCACACGUCCAGUGUUCUUGUUCAGAGUGUCUGAAGGAAUAAAACCCAAACAGGUCAUUGGACGCGUUACAGCGGUCGACAAAGAAACAGGGGAAAAUGGACAGAUCGUGUAUGCCAAAACAACUGAAUCGAGUGGAAAUUCGCCUUUUCGUCUGUUUGAGAAUGGAACAAUAAUUGUAGAGGCUCAUAUCGACUACGAGAACAUAUCUAAAUACGAAUUUCAAGUCACAGCUACCGAUAUGGGACAACCUCCUUUAUCUAGUUCAGCACGAGUGGUGAUUUCAGUGGGGGACAAGAACGACAACCCUCCUCAAAUAAUAUUCCCCAACGUGACCCACCAUUCCGUCACUCUGACGUUCAGCCACCCCAUCGGAGCCGUCAUCGCCGUUAUUGUCGCUGACGACGGCGACAGCGGUGCCAACGCCAAACUGAGAUACGUCAUCAGUUCCAGAAACGACAGCGGACGAUUCCAGCUGGAUGUGAACUCUGGGGAACUCUACACGACUCGAGCCCUGGAGAGGAAGGACGUGGGAGUGUACAGGCUCAUGAUCAUGGUGCAGGACGAAGGAAUCCCACCCCUGGCGUCGCACGUCAUCCUGCAGGUCUACGUAAUCCAGGGCAACGGCUCUGCGGCGACGUCGGCCGCUGGGUUCAGCGAACAGAACAUCCUCAUCACCGUGUCCAUCAUAUGCGCCACCGCCGUCAUCUCCGCCGUCAUUGUCCUCGUCAUCAUCGCCGUCAGACGCGUCGACGGCAGGCGGAACAAAGACCAGGCUCCGGUCUACGUGGAGGCGCCCAACGUCAUUACAAACCUCGUGGACAAGGUCACGGUCGACGCCGUUCGCUCUGUGCAGGGAGGUAACCACGGAACAGUAAAAGGUGACGAGGAGUUUGGAUUUUUACCAACGUCGAAAGGUGGAAAGUCGAAAUCGUCGUUUGAAACAACUAAUGAAGUGAAGGACAGGUCUAAAUACAGCGAGGUGUUGUUUCAGCCGGACGGUAAACUCGACCAGGUCUCAGUUCUCAGACUCCACCAGACAGUACUACAGACCUACCACGGGGACCAGCUCGACUCUCAACAGAAGGUAGCAGCUUGGCAGAGGUCACAAGAUGACCUUCAGAGCGACACUUCUGGCGACACCACUACAAGUGACAGCGGAAGAGGUGGUAGUGAGGUUGAUAUAAAUGAUGUCCACGACAUGUCAACCCAGUCAAGUGUUUUAAGUCCUAACCACAGCUCGCUCAAAUCCGCGCCAAAGAUUCCUCCGCGCCACAGCUCUCGGAAACACGUGACAUUCAGUGACAGUGCGCCGAAGAAACCUCCGCGUUGUUCUGUAGUUCCAACAAAACAUUCCAACAUCUACACCACCCAGCAGCCGCAUCCUUACAGCAACGUGUUGGAGCAGAUUCCUCAACAAGAAAGACACGAUUCAAAAAGUGCAAACACACAUUUCGGAUUCACUGUUCGUAGUCCGACGUUUUCAAACGAUGACUCGAGUGCUUUCAUGACAACCAGUUCUUUCAAACCGUUAAUCAAUCUACCCGGUAUUAUCCCGGGGGUAAGUACGGCUGGGCGGGAGAAUCGAGUGCCCAUGGACGACGGUGUGUCACACAUACGGGACUGGCGAAACGACAGCAUCGCCACGACAGACGACGGCGACGAUAGAUCGACGACGACGUCUGGAAGUUACACAAUCGACAACGACGACCAUUGGUUGAAUUUAGACUAUGACGUCAGAGAUAUCGUCGUAUGACGACAUCCACUGACUCAGUGAUGUGUGUAUGAAUGAGAGUGUUGAUGACGAAUAAAUGUGUAUUUUAUUUUUU